UCUCCAGAAAACUUGAAACCCUGAAUUGCAAAUCCGAGAAAAUGGAAACACGAAAUCGAGCCAUACAUCUCACAGAGGCGAUGUGGGAGGAUAUUAUAGCGAGGUUACCAUUGAGGAUCAUCGCUAGAUUGAAAUUGGUAAGCAAAACAUGGAAAUCAACAAUCGAAUCAGUCUAUUUCCGCCGACUCUUCGUGUCAAUGCACCAAAAAUCCUCAGCCUCGUGGUCUCUAAUUCAGUACGAUGGUAAAGAUCUCAUAAGUUUCCAUGGAUGCGAGAGAUGGGGUCUUCCAAAGUCUCUACCUUUAUUCAUCCCACCGGAUUUUCAUGUGGCCAAGGCUUCUUCCCAUGGAUUGGUUAUGCUUUCAGAUUAUGAUCUUGAUUACUGUUUUGUGGGCAGUCCAGUUUUACGAAAGUGGAUCAAAAUCCCUCCAGCUCCUGAUGGUGAGUCUUCUUCUGUGUUUGGUUUGGUGAGUCGAGUGGACGAUGAUGGUUUCGUUUUGGGGUUCAAAGUGGUUAGGUUAGCUAAGUACCGAGUGACUAAUAAUUAUGUCUCCUCUACUUUGGAUUUGUUUCUGUAUUCCUCCGAGACUGGGAUUUGGACUUCCAAGACUAUUCACUGCCCUUAUAAAAUCACCAACUUUGGUUCUUUGACUUUGAAUGGUACUAUAUACUUUAACCAUCUUAGUGAACCUGGAGUACUCGUAGCUUAUGAUUUCUAUUCUGAAUCCUCCGAUCAGUUUAUGGUUAUACCUCUCCCGGACCAUCCCAAUCACCGCUUCAAAAGUGCUUUGACUACAUCCCAAGGAUUUUUCAUGUAUAUCAGAACAUUAGCCCAAUCCGCGUCUAAUGUUUUCAAGGCUUGGAGGUUGAACACUGAUUCAUCUUGGCAACUUUUGUGGGAUAUCCGCCUACCGUUACUUAUCGGUGAUUAUGUACCCAUGGCAAUGCAUCCAUUUGAUAGUGACACUGUCUAUCUAUGGAGUCGAGAUUAUCGCCAUGUGGUAUCAUGCAACUUGAGGACACAGAACAACUUGAUACUCGGAGAUGGUGAUCAUCAAGAUUGUUUCUUGAACCAGUCUAUAUGUGAGGAGUCUAUGGAUGAGAUAUGUGACUUUGAAGUUUGUGUCAGGUUAUUACAAUUGGUGCCCCCACGGUGGAUGGAUUUGGUGCCUUGUCCUCCCAAAGCUGAGAUGAUGGAUACAACUUCAGUACUCGCUUACGUUGUUGCAAUGCAAGAGACACAAUGGGGUGGCAGGUAGAUUGAUCCUUGGAAUUGUUGAUUUCAAUUUGGUAUUCUGGUUUUCUUUCCUAUCUCUAGGACUAUGUAAUGGAAUAUAUUUGAGAUUUCGCCAAACUAUUCAUAUCAUCCAACUUUUGCAUAUAUGUUUUGUGUUCGCAUCUUUUGUUAAGUUCUUUAAACAAGA